UAUCAUUGGCGUUCUCCUCUCUUCUUCUUUCCCAUCCCCAACUCUCCUCAAGACACCCAGUCCGGUCAACACCACCCGUCGACAUGUCUACCGCCGAGCUCGCCUGCUCUUACGCCGCCCUCAUCCUGGCCGAUGACGGUAUUGAGGUCUCCGCCGACAAGAUCCAGACCAUCCUCGAUGCCGCCAAGAUCCAGGAGGUUGAGCCCAUCUGGGCCACCAUCUUCGCCCGGGCCCUCGAGGGUAAGGACAUCAAGGAGCUCCUGACCAACGUUGGCUCCGCUGGCCCCGCCGCCGCUGGUGCCCCCGCUGGUGCCGCCGGUGCCGCCGCUCCCGCUGAGGAGAAGAAGGAGGAGAAGGAGGAGGAGAAGGAGGAGUCUGAUGAGGACAUGGGCUUCGGUCUCUUCGACUAA